AUGCCUGACGCUGAGGACAAGGUUCCUGACGCUGAGGACAAGGUUCCUGAUGCUGAGGAAAAGGUUCCUGAUGCUGAGAACAAGGUUCCUGACGGUGAGGACAAGGUUCCUGACGCUGAGGACAAAGUUCCUGACGCUGAGGACAAAGUUCCUGACGCUGAUGACAAGGUUCCUGACGCUGAGGACAAGGCUCCUGACGCUGAGGACAGGAUUCCUGACGCUGAGGACAUGGUUUCUGACGCUGAGAACAAGGUUCCUGAUGGUGAGUACAAGGGUCCUAACGCUGAGGACAAUGUUCCUGACGGUGAGGACAAGGUUCCUGACGCCGAGGACAAGGAUCCUGAUGCCUAGGUCAAGGUUGCUGACACUGAGGACAAGGUUCCUGACUGUAAGAACAAGGUUCUUGACGCUGAGGACAAGGUUCCUGACGCUGAGGACAAGGUUGCUGACGCUGAUGACAAGGUUCCUGACGCUGAGGACAAGGUUCCUGAUGGUGAGGACAAGGUUCCUGACGCUGAGGACAAGGUUCCUGACGCUGAGGACAAGGUUCCUGACGCUGAGGACAAGGUUCCUGAUGCUGAAGACAAGGUUCCUGAUGGUGAGGACAAGGUUCCUGACGCUGAGGACAAGGUUCCUGACGCUGAGGACAGGUUCCUGACGCUGAGGACAAGGUUCCUGACGCUGACGACAAUGUUCCUGAUGCUGAGGACAAUGUUCCUGACGCUGAAGACAAGGUCCGUUACGCUGAGGAUAAGGUUCCUGAUGCUGAAAAAAAGGUUCCUGACGGUGAGGACAAGGUUCCUGACGCUGAGGACAAGGUUGCUGAUGCUGAGGACGAGGUUCCUGACGCUGAGGACAAGGUUCCUGACGCUGACGACAAUGUUCCUGAUGCUGAGGACAAUGUUCCUGACGCUGAAGACAAGGUCCGUUACGCUGAGGAUAAGGUUCCUGAUGCUGAAAAAAAGGUUCCUGACGGUGAGGACAAGGUUCCUGACGCUGAGGACAAGGUUGCUGAUGCUGAGGACGAGGUUCCUGACGCUGAGGACAAGGUUCCUGACGCUGACGACAAUGUUCCUGAUGCUGAGGACAAUGUUCCUGACGCUGAAGACAAGGUCCGUUACGCUGAGGAUAAGGUUCCUGAUGCUGAAAAAAAGGUUCCUGACGGUGAGGACAAGGUUCCUGACGCUGAGGACAAGGUUGCUGAUGCUGAGGACGAGGUUCCUGACGCUGAGGACAAGGUUCCUGACGCUGACGACAAUGUUCCUGAUGCUGAGGACAAUGUUCCUGACGCUGAAGACAAGGUCCGUUACGCUGAGGAUAAGGUUCCUGAUGCUGAAAAAAAGGUUCCUGACGGUGAGGACAAGGUUCCUGACGCUGAGGACAAGGUUGCUGAUGCUGAGGACGAGGUUCCUGACGCUGGGGACAAGGUUCCUGACGCUGACGACAAUGUUCAUGAUGCUGAGGACAAGGUUGCUGACGCUGAGGACAAGGUUCCUGACGGUGAGGUUGUGGUUCCUGACGCUGAGGAGAAGGUUCCUGACUGUGAGGACAAGCUUCCUGACGGUGAGGACAAGGUUCCUGAUGCUGAGGACGAGGUUCCUGACGCUGAGGACAAGGUUCCUGACGCUGACGACAAUGUUCCUGAUGCUGAGGACAAGGUUCCUGACGCUGAAGACAAGGUCCGUUACGCUGAGGAUAAGGUUCCUGAUGCUGAAAACAAGGUUCGUGACGGUGAGGACAAGGUUCCUGACGCUGAGGACAAGGUUGCUGAUGCUGAGGACGAGGUUCCUGACGCUGGGGACAAGGUUUGUGACGCUGACGACAAUGUUCCCGAUAAUAAUAAUAAUAAUUUAUUCAUUUAA